AUGCUCACUCUCCAAGUUUUCACCUAUCUCCUCUGUAUCGCUAACUUUGUGUUAGCGAAUCACUUAGUUGUCUUAGAGCCCCACGAAACUGUCGGAUCUUUCUUAAAAUACGACUUGAAGUUCCCGGUGGCACAAAGGGUGCGGGACUAUAUCACCAGGUCGUUCCGUAUUGGGAACUUUGUUGGAUUCUCCGGAAACUUCAGCAAAGCGACCAUCGAAAGACUCAAGAAAUGUCCAAUGGUAGCAGAAGUCACUCCUGAUAUUGUUUUCAGGGCGUUGGAGAUUAAAGAGCAGAAGAACAGCCCUGUGCACUUAGCUAGGCUUUCGCAGACCAGCUACUACUCAAAGAGAACAUCAUACUAUUACGAUAGCAAAGCAAGUGGGAAAGAUGUCAAUGUUUACAUUAUCGACUCUGGAAUCAAGUUAGACCAUCCGGAGUUUGAAAGGAGAGCGUUCGAGGGCAAAGACUUUACUGGAGAAGGCAGUGGAGACACAAAUGGCCAUGGCACUCAUGUAGCAGGCAUCGUGGGCUCCAAAACUUACGGAGUCGCCAAAGACGCCAAUCUCUACGAGGUAAAAACCUUGGACAGGUCUGGACAAGGGUCACUCAGCAUCAUUUUGGGAGCGAUAGAGUUUGCUGUGAAUCAUAGAAAGAAGACGAAAUUACCUGGAGUUGCCAACAUGAGCUUGGGUGCAAUCAAGAAUGCCGUCUUAAACCGAGUCAUUGAUGCUGCGUGUGACACAGGACUUGUCGUUGUUGUCGCUGCUGGAAAUCUGAACGUAGAUGCUUGUUAUACACUGCCUGCUAGUUCGCAGAAGGCGAUUACUGUUGGAGCCAUUGAUGAUUCAACUUUGGGGAUCGCAGAGUUCUCCAAUUGGGGUCUGUGUGUUGAUAUUUUCGCAAGCGGAGUGGCAAUUGCCAGUGUGAACAUCGAAAACAUUGAUUCUCCGGAGUAUCUCUCGGGGACCUCCAUGUCUUCCCCAAUCAUCGCUGGGUUGGUUGCAAAUAUGUUGAGCGAGAGAGUUUCUCCUUUUGAAGUGAAGGAGAAGCUCCUAGAGAUGGGGACGGAGAACAUGAUGUCGUGGAGAUCAUUGCGUGGGAAGAAGCAUACUACGAAUUUGGUAGCUUAUAACGGUUUAGACCCAUUUGCAGAAGAUUCGGAUUCAGACUCUGACAACGACUAA